AUGCAUAAAGAAAAAGAGAUAAGGCCCCUGCCUUUUCCCCCGGGACAAGCCCACCUGGCCGACCUAGCUCCCCCGCACCAGGUGCUCCCCUCCCCUGUUCCUCAGGCACACCCGACCGCGCCCGCAGUCGCCGCCGCACCCUCUCGUCGGCAGCGUCGGGAGAGGAUAAGGGCGCCACGCCUCUCCCCUCCUCCAGAUCCGCCUCUCGCCGACGCGCCCAACACCGUCCGCCUCACUCCGUUGCGGCCACCGGACACCUCCCGCCCCGCUGUCGUGUCCGCGAAGGCCUUCUCCAUCCGCUACAUCCUCCACGCCGAUGCACUAGAGCCGAAGGCCACGUACGACGCUUUCCCGAGACGUCUUCCUCCUCGGUACCUCGUCGUCGUCUCCAUCGACGCCGGUCGCCUCUGCGCCCCCGUUCACUCGAUGGGCCUCCUUGUGCCUCCUCGGAUGCGCAUCUAUUUGCCUUGGGACUUCGAUGUCUAUGCUACAGCGGGACGUCCUCGUCCCAGUGAGGCCGAGGAGAUCCCUAGCUACAUGCUACAGGAAAUACUGAUGAAGCUGCCGACCAAGGACGUGGCCCGCUGCUGCUGCGUCUCCAGGCACUGGCGCAGCGCCGUGAGAGACCCCACCUUCCGCAAGCUCCACGCAGCGAGCCCUGCCGCGCUGUCGGCGGAGCCCGAGUUCUUGCGCUUAUCCGGUGUACCAUGCGGGCUCGGCCAGAUUGUCAAGGCCAGUGUCUUCAGGUUAUCAUCGGACAAACCCAUGUGCACCGUCGCCAUCCCCGAGCGCUACUUCCUCCACAACAUCUGCAACGGCCUCGUCUGCUUCCUUGACAGGGACCGCAAAGGUCAGACGCCGGUGCUGGUGUGCAACCCCGUCACUGGCGAGACGCUGGCGCUUCCCGAGGCGCCUCCGCUCAGCAACAUGGACAAUGCGUAUCAUCUCUUUGCCUUGGGGUUCAGCCCGCCCACCAACGAGCACAAGCUGUUCCGCCUCUCUUUCCCGUCAUACUCGUACUCCUUCGAAGAGCGGGUGGAGGUGGGCGUCUACACCUUGGGCGACGCCCGCGGGUGGCGCAAACACUCAUUCCUCUCGCCCUUUAGCCCAUCAUCCAGAAGAAAUAACACUUCGGCGCCGGUGCUGAUCGAUGGUAAACUUCACAUGAUCACCAGACCGUGGAAUCGUGUACAUACCUACAGACCGACAGGAGUGCUGGUAGUGGACGUGCGUGCCGAAACGUGCCGCACUUACCCUCUCCCGAACGGUCUCGGGACCUUUCCAGAUGAGAAUCCGGUGACCUUUGAGCUCAAGGGGCAGCUGUGCUUCGCCGCACACGUGCGUGGCCGCUCCACGGUCCUCCGCUUCUGGGUCAUGGCCAUGGAGAACAAGGAGUUGGACGGCAAGAAGGAGCCGCACUGGGACUUGCGCUACAGCUUCUGCGUGAAAGGAGAACAUCGCUUCACCACCCGAAACCCGUGGAAUGCAUGGUUUGAACAUGAGACGCUCUGGUACACGCGCUAUGACACCUUGCACAUGUAUCCCAAGAGGUCGUCCGUUCCUGACCACGGUCGACUGUUACAACGGUGCAAGCAGCUCCAACGGAUAGCACCAAGGGAAUGGGAAUGGAGCAUCCAUCGGGGUUACCGUCCCACUCUGCUCUCGCCUCGCAUCUUUGAAUUGCCACCACCACAAGACGAGAUCAUGAUGGACGUAUGCUCUUAA